AAUUUAAUCCAUCUGAUACUGAUAACGAAGAAAUCUUUGAAUUUGCUAGUAAUACUGCUACAACUAAUAAUAGUACCAGCAAUAAAACAUCAACUGUGUGGGAAUUUAUGCAUAAAGAAACAAGUGCAAAUGGAAUUACUAUUAUU